AUGUGGAACCGAGCACGGGUGAAGACUAGCAGCCUCCAGGCGCUGGCCCAGCUGAGUCGCCUGUCCCGCAGGUACAAGAUCGAGAAGGUGCAGCGACUCUCCGCCAACUUCGAGCGCGCGUGUUGGCGUUCGGUGCGGACCGCCGAGGAACGCGCCUACCACCAGAAGUACGCGUUCCUACGCCAUUGCGUGGACACGAUCAACUUCCGCAAGGCCGACGACAGGUCGCGCCGCGUGCCGUUGCCCAACACGGCGGCUGCCUUGGCGAGCCAGUUCACAGGCAGCAACGGUCCGCAGCUGCAGAAGCGCGUGCAGAGCCACAUCGACGAGCUCACGGCCGGGCUGCCCAGCUGCCUGUCGGAGGCCGACGCCUCGCUCGUCACGGCUGACGGCUCCCACGCAGCGCAGAUUGUGGCCCGAUGCCGCGCACAUGGAAUGACGACGCCGGAAUGUGAGCGCGCGGUGUGCGCGCUGUCGGAGAUCGCCAGGCUGCGCACGUUGCAUGCCCGGCUGGCCACAUAUACGACACACAGUGAGGGCGUUGAAGACAGGUGUUACACUAAGCGUGAGUUGGAGCUCGUGGUUUCCGGCGAGUCUGGCUGCCAGUAG